CACGUGUAAUAAAGAACUAAUUUAGAAACUAUACACCUGAACACAUGUCCUUUGACAUUCUUUACAGCAGUGAACCAAAAAGGGCAUCCUCCUGAUCCCGCAAAUUCCCUCAACACCACCACCACCACCCUGAUCGAUCGGGUGGAGGCAGAGAGGACUCUGGGCUGGCAUGUCCUUCUAGGUCUGAUUCCCUUUCUGGUGUGUUGAAACCUCUGCCACUGGACAAUUGAGCCUCAGGUACACAACUAGAAAGCCAGGUGACCAGGCAUUGAUGCACCCGCAGGGAGACCACGCACUCCAGGAGGCCACCCCCGCUUGCUGCUGCUCACAUGGUUUCUGGGCCCCUAGCACUCCGGUGGUGUGCGUGGGCAGGGCGUGGGGACAUGGGGCCCGACAUGGAGCUGCCCAGCCACUCAAAGCAGCUUCUGCUGCAGCUGAACCAGCAGAGAACAAAGGGCUUCCUGUGUGACGUCAUUAUCAUGGUUGAGAACUCCAUCUUCCGGGCCCACAAGAACGUCCUGGCUGCCAGCAGCAUCUACUUCAAGUCUCUAGUCCUCCACGACAACCUCAUCAACCUGGACACGGACAUGGUCAGCUCCACUGUGUUCCAGCAGAUCCUGGACUUCAUCUACACAGGCAAGCUGCUGCCCAGCGACCAGCCAGCCGAGCCCAACUUCAGCACGCUCCUCACCGCAGCCAGUUACCUCCAGCUGCCUGAGUUGGCAGCUCUCUGCCGCCGCAAGCUCAAGAGAGCUGGCAAGUCCUUAGGCUCUGGGCGAAUGGGGGCUGCCAGCAUAGGGCGGCCUCCCCGUAGCCAGCGACUGUCCACAGCCUCCGUUAUCCAGCCUCGGUUUCCAGGGCUUGUAGAUGCAUGCAAAGGGGCUCAGACCCCCCAGGAGCUUUCCCAAUCCAAAGGCUCAGAUGAUGAACUCUUCCCCUGUGGUUCCAACCAAGACAGUGCACACGGCCUGGGCCGGGCCAUCUGUCCAGCCAGCGUAGAGACCGGCCUUGGUGGCUGCAGCACCAACGGGAACAGUGGGGGUUUUGAGCAAGAGUUGGGCCUGGACCUGUCCAAGAAAAGCCCCCCACUUCCCCCUGCUACUCCAGGCCCUUCCCUCACCCCUGAUGACCCAGCCCAGCUGAGUGACAGUCAGCAUGGCUCUCCACUCUCAGCCUCCGCCCCUCCGAUUGCCAACAGUGCCUCUUAUGCUGAGCUGGGCGGCACCCCCAACGAGCCCAUGGACGUGGAGGAGGCUGAGGACAGCCACCUGAGCCUGCUGGAGGGGCCUGGGGGGCAGCCUCGGAAGAGCCUGCGACACUCGACCCGCAAGAAGGAGUGGGGCAAGAAGGAGCCCGUGGCAGGGUCUCCCUUUGAGCGGCGAGAAGGGGGAGCCAAGGGCCCCUGCCCAGAAGAAGAGGGCGAGGGGUCCGGAGACAGGGUUCCCAACGGUGUCUUGACUAGCGGUGUUGGAGAGCCUGGCCCCAGAGGGCCCUACGGGGAGCCCCGGUACCCCUGCAAGGAGGAGGAGGAGAAUGGCAAGGAUGCCAGUGAGGACAGUGGGCAGAGUGGGAGUGAGGGCGGCAGUGGCCACACCAGUGCCCACUACAUGUACCGGCAGGAAGGCUACGAAACCAUGUCCUAUGGGGACAACCUGUACGUCUGCAUCCCCUGCGCCAAGGGCUUUCCCAGCUCCGAGCAGCUCAACGCCCACGUGGAGACACACACAGAGGAAGAGCUGUUCAUCAAGGAGGAAGGGGCCUACGAGACGGGCAGCGGGGGCGCAGAGGAGGAGGCAGAGGACCUGUCGGCGCCCAGCGUGGCCUAUGCAGCCGAGCCCCGGCCCUUCAAGUGCUCGGUGUGUGAGAAGACGUACAAGGACCCAGCCACGCUGCGGCAGCACGAGAAGACGCACUGGCUGACGAGGCCCUUCCCCUGCAACAUCUGCGGCAAGAUGUUCACCCAGCGCGGCACCAUGACACGCCACAUGCGCAGCCACCUCGGCCUGAAGCCCUUCGCCUGCGACGAAUGCGGCAUGCGCUUCACCCGCCAGUACCGCCUCACUGAGCACAUGCGGGUGCACUCGGGAGAGAAGCCCUACGAGUGCCAGCUGUGCGGGGGCAAGUUCACCCAGCAGCGCAACCUCAUCAGCCACCUGCGCAUGCACACCUCCCCCUCCUAGAAGCCAAAGACCCAUCUCCCCACCCCCUCCCCCACCCCGGGGGCCUCUGCAGAUGCGCCCUCAGGGAUGAGGAGGAAAGAAGAGAGGAGGCAGGAGCCGGCAGUUCAGCAGGGGCGGCUCCUGGCAGCACCUCUGCCAGCCCCACACCCAGAGCUUUAAUCCAGUCUGUACCAAGGGAAACGAUGAGGGAAGCCAGGGCACAAGCCCCAGUGAGCUGCGGGUGUCCUGUCUACCUCCCCACCCCACGCUGGCCCUGGCUUUCUGUGAGGGCAGCCAUAGGCCUGUGGGAGGGGGCAGCAGGGUCUACCAGCACCCAGCUUGGUGCCCACAGGGGAGGGGCCUUCUCCCUCUGAGCUAGUGGUCAGGGGCCAUGUCCGUAUGAGUGCUUGAGUGCUUGUCUGUGUUUUGGAGGCCCAGGCUUUCUGGGAGCCAUGCCGGGGGGGGGGGGGGGGGGAGUAGCCCACCCCCCUCCUCCAGCCGGGGUCCCAGCUCCUACCUCCACAACCAGAGACCUCUGGGCCUCUGUUGCUGUUAUUCCUACUGAUCUGUACCUUUUUUUUUUUUUUUUUUUCAUUUUUGAAUUUUUUUUUUUAAAGCAAAACCUAUAAGAGCUGAUUCACCCCCACCCCAUGGCUGAGCCUGGGUCUGCAGACUGAAUGUAUGAGGCACCUGCCCUCCCUGUCCCCACCCUGCCUGCCUGUCUGUAGCGGGGUGCCCGCCCCUCCAGGCCCCAGAAGCCCUUCUUGCCCAAAGGCUUCCCUGGGCCCCUGAGCUCUGCCUCAGUUGCCUCGGGAGAGUGCUUUUCCUAUAGUUUCCAAGGAAUACCCUUUGUUUAGAGGUACUUUUUUGUUGUUUUAAGAGAAAAACCAAUGUAACGUUUAUGUGAAUGUUUGAACGGGAAAGUCUGGGCUUGUGGGGGGAGGUGGGGAGGCUGAAUUUGAUGCCAGGGCUGUUGGUACUCCUGUUUUUUCACUGUGUGUGUGUGUGUGUGUGUGUGCGCGCGCGCGCGCGCAUGUGCGUGUGUGUUGCCUGUGGACAGAUAUUGUGCUUUCCUUCCUUCCUUACUGAUCGGGUGGAGAGACAUCUGACCUUUUUGCUACCUCUUGAACUCACGAGAAUAGUACGUUGGUGAUUGGCAGUUGAGGCUGAGACACUUUUGUCUUCUCCCCGUUAGUAUGCACAGGAAGACAUGAUCUUGCGCUCGCCGCAGCUGGGUCCUCACUCUUGGAGGCUCCUGCUUCCUUGCAUACAUUUCCUCCAUGCGCACCCUGAGGGUGUUCUGUAUGUGCUGCUGAGCUCCCGGGAGCCUGUUCAAACCUCUGUCCCAUGCCCGGGUUUGGGGGAGUGAGUGCCCCAACCUCGAUAAGAGCUGCCCACAUGGGACCAGAUGCCUGAGAGCCGAGCUGAGCUCCUUGCGGUCCCGGCCAGGGCCAGGAUGAGGCGGAAGUGAGCCCCGCUUUUCCUGUCCCUUGGGCCCUUAAGGACUUGAGCUUGGUGGGGGUGUGUGUGUGCAGAGACCUACAGGAGGGACUGACCAAAGUAAUGUACACCCCCUGGGGUACAGGCCCUAUCUCUAUACCACUCAGGUUGGUCCUGGCCCACAGCCAUGGUGGUGACCCAUUGUGCAGCCCUGUCUAGGGUCUCACCCCUUCACUGUCACCUGGGCUUUUCUCCUCACACACUGCUGUGAGCCUAAGCCAGACUCACAGGGACAGAGCAAGGCAGCUGGUCACAGUUAAUGCCACUGUCCUUAACCCUUUACCUGUUGGAGCCACAGAGCUAAGCUAGCAGCUUUAUCUUUUUCCUUUAACUUUGUGCUUUUUUUUCUUGCUAUUUUAAUUUCAGACCAAAAAAAUUCCAGAAUCAUCCCAUCCUUAGCUCCAAUCAACCUCCCCCCCCCCCCAGCUGAAAACAGCCCCAAGUUCAGGGACCCAAGUGGUGCAUGGCUUGUUCUGGGAAUAAGUGAGUUUGGACUGAGCCCUCUGAGGUGGCUUCAAGCUUCAAGCUUGCUCCUCUGCCUCUUGGGUGGGAGAUUCAGAGCUAGAGCAGGGGUUAGGUAUUCAGGCUGAGUAUGUGGGUGGGUAUUAUUCCCUCCACCUGCUUCAGGCCCCUCUGCUCUCCCAUGCCCACCUGCUCCGUCAGCACUUAAGCAUCAUGACACAAAGUCUGUACUACAUGGGAAUUGUACAUGCGCCUGGGCUGUGUUGAGCCUCCUGGGCAGCCAGCCACGUCCAGGAGGUGACUGGUGAAAGUAGGUGACUUGUUUGCAGAUCUUCAGGGACUUGGGCACAAGGGCCCUCACUCAACAUGUGUACGACUUAGUAUUGUACCCACCUGAGUAUUGUAUCGAGCCUUUUCUGUAUUUUAACCAGAAAGCAAAACACUAGUUUCCUAUUUAAGAUUUUAAGGGAUUUUUGGGGUGGGGUGGGAUGAACACAACACUUGGUUUUGUUUCCUUUUUUCCUUUGAUUUCAUAUUGAGUGUGUGCUUGCAAGUAUGUGUGUGGAGAUGUGUUAAGAGCCUCACAAAGAAAUCGGGCCCUUGGAGGCCAAGGGCGGCUUACAGUUCUCUGCUUUAGUCACUUAAUUCCUGAAUGUUUCGGAGAAACAGGAAACAGAAAAUAGCAGAUGUCAUGUAGGAAAGAGGAUUUAAAGAACAAGAAAGCUCAUACCCAAAUCCACAAAACUAUUUUUAAACCAAAGCACAUUUUGAAUGCGUAUGGAACCUCAGUGGGCUCAGAAAAGAUACUAAUAUAUUUAUCUCAUUGUUUACAUAAACUUUUACAGUUUCAGACCUCAACAGUGGUAAGGCUAGUCCCAGUGACUCCCCACCUCCUACCAGAGCCUGUUCUGAGUCAGUCCUGAAUUGGCUCAUGGGUAGAGCAUCCACCACGGGGCUGGGACAGGUGUGGAGGCCCUGGGUUCAGUUCGCCUGGGUCUCUCCAAGCCUAGCUGGCACCAAAGAGUGUGGGCCUGUGCUGACUGCCCCCCCAGGCUGCCUGGCGGGAUCGUGGUGGUUCUGGCCAGUGGGCACAGCAGGGAGAGGCUGGCAGCUCUGGCCAUGGGACCUGAGUCAACUUGGGCCCCUGGUGUAGGCAAGCCCCUUCCACUGGCUGCCCACCAUCCUCGGGGUGCAUUGAUGUAAUGGUCCCUUCUCAAGCCAAAAAGCCGGGACUUUUGCACAGCUGUCGACUCACAGGGAGCCCCUCAUCCCACUCCUGACAGUGGGAGGGGAUGGCUGGACUGGUCCUUACCAACACAGAUGGUGCAAACACUCUGAACAGUGUUGUUUUUGUAUCAAUAUGUUUGUGCAGUGAUGAAUGUAUUUAUUUCCAGACUUGGGGGUGACUGAGCGGCAGGCCAGGCUCUGCCACAGGCCACCGCAUGUUCUCACCAGACUGAGCCACAGCAAAGGCUCCUCCAGGAUUAAAAAAAAAAAAAAUUAAAAAUGUAAAAAAAAAAAAUUAAAAAGAAAAGAUGAACCUUUAAGCAACUAAAGAAUCUCAGAGACUCACAGUAUAGCCAUACACCUCAGCCUGUGAAACCCAACACUGAACUGUCCGAUCCAGACUGACCUUCAGAACCUCAUACAGUCUAUUUCCCACUUUCACCACUUGGGGGCGCUGGGGCUGUCCCUCACCCCACCCUGUCAGUAUUCACUGGACUAGGCUGUGUGCAGGAGUGCGAUCCGGGCUGGACCAGACCGGGCAGGCAGACCCACAGCUGUGCUGAGCUGGGCUGAGGCCUGGGCAGCCAGGAGAGCAGGCUCAGGGACAAGCGGCUGCAUCCACUCACCUAUCCCCUCAGCUAGGGGGAAAAAAAGGCCAGGCCUCACACCAGAGAUCUCAGCCCUGCUGUGUCCCCUGAAGGGACCAUGGUCCUGGAGUCACUAGGGGGCAGGCAGUAUUGAAUCUGUGAAUCCAGUGCUGGGGGGAGGUGGGAAGAGGGACCUGGCCAGAGCCUCAGCCUGACAUUCCAAGUUGGGGUGGGUGUGAGCUGUGGGAACUGGCUUCACUGCCCAGGCCCUCCAGCUUCAGUCUCCCCACUUUGUUCCUACUAGGAACCCCUCCCCUACCUCACCUCACUAUUUAUUGCUGUAAUUUAUUGACCUCAAAAAUGCUGCAUAACAGACCUCACUUGGGGCAGGGAGGAUCCUAGGCCCCCCCCCCCCUUGGUGGGGCCCUAUGGGGCCAGGUGCUGAGGAGAGCCUCUCUGUACCCCACCCAUCACUUGCUUCCCCCCUCCCUGCUUUGAGGGGACCCCAGGUUGGGCAUGAGCCCAUUGACAAAUACCUCCACAGGGAAGGGGGGGGAUGGGGUUAUAACUUUUUUGUUUCAUUGGAACUGGAAGAGGGAUCACGUCCUAUUUGUGCCCUUCCCAGAGGAGGGGUGGGAGAGGGAUGCCAUGAUCGCACUCCUGGACUGGCCACCACCGCAGUCCAUCAUCAUGUCUGAAGAGUUCACUUCCCUCAAGCGUUAGGAUAAAUUCAGGUCAGAGCUGCAGGUUCCGCAGCCUCAAGUGUCAUAGAAAAGCAACUUACCUACGAGUGAUCUCUCCAUUCAGAAGUGUGCAGUCUUAAUGUACAGUGAUGAGAAACUGUUAUUUUAUGAUCUUUUCAUUAAAAGCUUGAUUGAAAACUA